GAGGAGACCCUUCAGCGUUUCUUCACACACUCCCUCACACAGACUCUCACUUACAAGCCUCAACUAACCGUGUCCGAUGCCAUCGCUCUGCAGAAUGAGUGGACCUUCGCAAAAGCCAACCGGUUGUUGACCUCUCUGUUCCAUAAGCUGGCUGUGAUCUUCAGUGUGGAGCAGCUGCUGUGUCACCUGCAGCAGGUUUUGGAAACCCACGAGGUCAACUGGAAGCACGUCCUUUGCUUCCUCUCCACCCUGCUGGUUUACAACCCCUGUGCCCAGCUCAGCCUGAGAGAGCUGCUGUCCAGACUGCUGAGCUCCGCAUUUGAAGGCUACGACCUAGAGAACAUGAUAACUGCCUUCCUAUUGGCUCGACAGGGUGCGCUGGAGGGACCCGCCAUCUUCCCCUCCUACAGCAACUGGUUCAAGAUGUCUUUCGGGGGAGGCAGUGGCUACCAUGCGACCAGUAAGAAAUCUCUGGUGUUUCUGCUGAAGUUCCUGUCUGACUUGGUGCCCUUUGAACCCCCACAGUACCUCAAGGUUCACAUCCUGCAGCCUCCAUAUGUACCCGUGAAACACCGCAGCCUCCUGAUGGAGUACGUCUCUCUGGCCAAGACCAGGCUGGCCGACCUCAAGGAGUCAGUGGAGGACAUGGGUUUGUAUGAGGAUGUUUCUGGUGCAGGCGGAGCAUCAUUGCAGCCCCAGUGCCAGGCCAUCCAGGAUGUGGAGAAGGCAGUGUCUCUGUUUGAGAGCACAGGAAGAAUCUCUGCCACAGUCAUGGAGGCCAGUAUUUUCCGGAGGCCGUAUUUCCUGGCGCGGUUCCUCCCUGCUCUGCUGACACCGAGGAUGCUUCCCGUCAAAGCUGACACUCGGAUGAGUUUCAUAGAGGCUCUGAAAAAGGCAGAUAAGAUCCCUGCUGCACAGUAUUCAUCUUAUGUGGAGUCUUGCCAGAAACAGAGGCAGCAGGAUGGAGGUGCAGUGUGUUUGGACACCAAUGAUGAGCCUCUGGAGGUCCUGAAGAUUCAGCUACAGGAGUUCACAGAGCUGCUUGUUGAGGGGAAUGAUGGAGAGAUGUCUGCCCAGCUGUCCAGGAUCUCACACACUCUGAGCGUCAUCUUUCCCGGCUGCAACGAUGAGCCGGUUGGAAGGACAGUCAUCGAACUCCACACGAACACCCCGCUGUCCCCUGAGCUCCACGUCAAAGUCGUCAGCAUGAUCCUGAGAAACUUCUGCCAGUGUGUGCUCGACGCUUCCAGAGCAAACCCUCCUAACAAGUGAGCGCUGCAACUUUUUUAGGAAGUCUUGCGCUAAACAAGAAAUUUAAUUAUUGUCAGGGUAUGAAAAAUUGGGGGGGAAAAUCCCACAAAUGUAUUGAGUAUCAUUUAGUGGCCAUACAUAUACAUUUAUCUACAUACAGCACCUGGAGGGAAGCAUUAAAGGGAUAGUUUGGUUUUAUGAGGUAUUUAUCAAUAUUUACUUUUUUUGACAUGCACCAAAUAUUCAGUUUAUUUUAAAAAAUACAAUAUUCCUGCUAAGCCUUUUACAUUGCUAAUGAAAAAUAAAUAUUCCACUGAAAUUCGCGUUUACAUGCAGCAGUACGUACUCCCUCUUGAAAAAGAAGUCGUUGCAAUAUUUGCACAUAUCCAAAAACCUGUUGAUAGCCAAGUAUUUCUUAAUGUUUAAAAGUAGGUGUGUUUCUCUCUGUCACCAGAGAUGUGGGGUUUUCUUUUGGGCAUGCAUCUCUGCAUAGUGUUAGCUAGUUGGUUUGUGGCCAUGUGGAGCAUUUGCGAAAAAACAACAACAUGGCAACGGCCGCAUUCCAAGAUGGCAACGGCGAAAUUGCCGAACUUGAGACUUCAAAACAUCAGUCCACAAACCGAUGAGUGACGUCCACUUUUUAUAUGCGGUCUAUGGGUGUAUACAUUUCCACAGAAUGCUCCUAAAACCAGAAUAAUAUUGGCAUCUCCUACACUUCUUAGUGGGAAAAUGCUCCAUUUGGAAUAAGCAAUUACAAACAGAAUAUGAUGUUUACAUGAGCAUUAUCAAUUUGGAAAAUUGUCAUAUUCUGAAAAGAAAUGGAAUAUUAAUGUGCAUGUACAAGGCGGUCGUUUUCUGGGAAUUAACAGUUUCCAUCUGUGUUAUGAGAUUGCCUCUUCCUUUUUAUUUAUUUCUUACGUGUGAUAAAGUGAUGACAAAACAAGUGCAGACAAGGGCAUGAACCCAAAGAGCUGAGGGGAUAAUACAAAGUAGGACAGAGGACAAAAGCAAUCUCAGGAGUUUAACACAGUUUCAGACA